AUGUCUUUAGUCCAUUUGGCAAAUGUGUGCGCUCAUUUGCAGAACUGUUCCAGAGCCAGAACAUCACUAACUUCGAUUCCGUACACGAAACUGCAUCUCAACUUCGCUUACAACCUUUACAAGCAUGGCUUUCUAUCUACGCUACAGAGGGGCUCUACGAAAGGCCCAGAUAUCACAGCUGUUGAGGUGACUCCAGACAAUGUCUCCACACGCAGACUAUGGCUGGGACUGAAAUACAGGGAAAACAGACCCGUGAUAAGCACCUGUAGGCUCAUUUCCAAGCCGAACUUGCGUAUAGAUCUCAAGUACGACGAUCUCAAACAGCUGUGCACAGGCAAAACCGUGCGUUUAAUUAAGCCCUUGCAACCGGGCGAGCUCAUUUUGGUGCGGAGCGGAAACGAGCUUCUAGACAUUAACGAUGCGAUUGCUCGUAAAGUGGGAGGUGAAGUGUUGUGUCGCAUCAAGUGA